AUGAACUGCGACGUGGUCAUCAUCCCCGAGGGCUACUCCGUCAAGAUCCCGCCGCCGAGGGAGGCCGUGAAGCCCGUGCCCUUCAAGGUGUUCUUGACCAUCAGGUCCAUCAAGGACUUCGACCUGACCAAGUUCCGCCUCACCGUCGACCUGAUGGCCUCCGUCAAGUGGACGGACAGCCGCCUGGGCUACAGCAACCUCCGGCGCGACUACAAGGCCAACCGCCUCCGGAACAUCGAUCUGGUGUGGGUCCCGACGCUCACGCUCAUCGACGGCACCAAGGGCACGGCCAAAGGCAUCAUACACUCGAGGGUCGUGUUCGUCUACAGGGUCUCGGACGAACUGCCCGACGACGAGAGCAUAAUCUUGGAAGAUUACAAGUACGACGGCACCCUCAACUUCCUCGUCCUCGAGCAAGAAAUGUCAGUGACCUUUGCCUGUAAUUUUGACCUCAUGAUGUACCCUUUCGACCAGCAAGUCUGUUACCUCAACUUUGAAAUCCAGAAUUUGAAUAUCAGGUUCGGAAUCCUCGAAAAGGAGGGCGAUGGGGUCUCCUUCCUCGGCACACGAUACCUGCUGGAGUACUACCUGAGGAAGGAGAUCUAUACUUCCUUCGUUGACCAUAAUGCCAGUAUUGCUGGGCUGGAGUUGUGGUUCAAGAAUCAAUACCGUUACUACAUCGGCAAUGUGAUGCUCCCGAGUGUGAUGCUGGUCAUCCUGUGCUACGUCACUCUCUACUUUGACAUCAACGAUUUCAAUGACCGCAUCAUGGUGUCGCUGACCUCGCUGCUCGUGCUCGUGACCUUCUUCACCGACACCAGCCAGAAGAUCCCGAGGACGUCCUACCUCAAGCUCAUCGACGUGUGGUUCGUGUGCCUCAUGUUCGAGGACUUCUUCGUGAUCCUGUCCAUCGUGUACAUCGAAUACGUCCACCGCAAGACGCUCUCCGGCAGCUUCGUCCGCGUGCAGCCGGCGGACUUCAAGGCCGAGGCUCCGAACCCGGCUGCCCCGUCGCCGUACGUGAAGAAGCUGAACCGCCACAUGCGCACCGCCUUCACCUGCUCCCUGUCGCUGGUUCUGCUGGUCUUCAUCCCCAUCGGCGCCUACAACCUCAACGUGAACUACCAUGGGAUGUCUUUGGCUGAGGCUAAGCAGGAGCAGCAGAAAGUGGCUUGA